AUGGAUCAGCCUACAGAGAAGAACAUCCUGCUUGGCACCUUCUGCACCCUGCUGGUCUUCCUCCUCCUCUUCACCUCACUCUGGUCAGUCUCCCUUCUCUACUUUGCCUGGCUCUUCCUGGACUGGGACACGCCCAACCAAGGUGGAAGAUACUCCACGUGGAUAAGGAACUGGACAAUGUGGAAGUACAUGAGGGAUUACUUUCCUAUCAAGCUGGUGAAAACAGCCGAGUUGCCCCCUGACCGCAAAUACGUGAUGGCAGCCCACCCCCAUGGGUUCAUGAGCCUUGGGCACUUCUGCAAUUUCUGCACAGAGAGCACUGCCUUCUCCCAGCAGUUCCCUGGGCUCCGGCCCUUCCUCGCCACGUUGGCCGGCUUCUUCCGCCUGCCCAUCUACCGUGACUAUAUCAUGAGAUCUGGACUCUGUUCUGUGAACGGCCAGAACCUGGACUAUAUCCUGUCCCAGAACCCCUGUGGCCAGGUCGUGGUCAUCGUCGUCGGGGGUGCCCAGGAGGCCCUGUACUCAGGCCCAGGCCAGCACUGUGUUUAUCUCCUGAACCGCAAAGGCUUCGUGCGGCUGGCACUGCGGCACGGGUGA